AGCGUCACUUUAUGUUUAUUAUUUGAAAAUUUCCAGUUAAAGCUCUCCAUUAUGACUCUCUCCCGAAAGGAAAUCCUAGCGGUAUUGCUUUUGUUUUCGGCAAUGCUCAAUGUGCUGAAUGCCUCCUACUUUGCGAACAUCGUGCAUUUCCAUGCCAGUUAUGAGCAGGUGGCCCACCAGGUCGUCUGUGUGAGCAACGCCUAUAUCUGUGUGAUUUACGCCCUAAGCACCUGGAUGUAUCAUUCGAACUACUAUCGUUCUCGCCAGGAAAUGCGAUACGUGCUUGCCACCAUGCUGGGGUUCAUGAUAGUCAGCGCCGGCGUGUCCACUUUCUUUUUUCAGAAGAAGAUAUCAUACGAUAGACUGACUGUCUGCACGGACUUGCGUCUUCUGUUUACAAGCAUGGCGGUUGUCGGUAGAACGAUUUCCCUCAUCCUGUCGAUCUUCUGCAUCGUGAUACUGCUCCUUGCCCUGGUGUUGGUUAUAGUCAAGAUAACAAAGUCGAAAAGAAAGCAACCUAAAGUAGUAGAAGUCUAAGACCCACUUUCAUGUCGCUGCAAUAUGCCGCCGCAGUGGCAAUAAUAUAAAUAUUAUACUCCUUCAUCGUUUGGCACAGACAGACACGAACUCCUUGCCCUCGGUGCUUUUCUGAACAAAAAAAGAGUCUGUCUGUGUGCUCUCCUUGCAGGUGAUACAAAAAAAUUUCAAGGUGUCUUGUGUCGAAAACAUUAAUACCCUGAGGCUUUAGCACAGUAGGGAAAUUUAUCAAACUUGCAUACUCUUUAUGUAUUUUUCAAAUAUAACAUAUGUCAUACUUAA